CACGAAAAGAGAACUGAUUUGCUGUCCACCCACCUCCCCCCAAACACACCUCCCCGCGAAUACACCACGCGGCAAUUCAAUCACACAUUAAUCCUUUUCUAUCUGUUCAGUUCGCACAAACCACACACACCCAACAAACACAUGGCAGCAAAUUAUUGGGAAUCUACACAAAGUCUAAAGUGGCAGUUAGAUCGAUGGUCUUUAGCACGUAGUAGAGAGGAGGAUCUACGGCACGUCUCGGAAUCCGACUAUGUCAAGCUAAAGAUUUGGUUCUGUAACUUGAUUCAAAAGCUGGCAAAGCGUUUGCAGCUGCGACAACAAGUAGUGGCGACCGCCUUUGUCUAUUUCAAGCGUUUCUAUUCAAAUAAUAGUCUCAGGAAAACGGAUCCAAUCCUGGUACUCGUCACCUGCGUAUACCUUGCUACCAAAAUCGAAGAAUGUCCUGUUCACAUCAAAGUCGUAACCCAAGAAGCCAAACACAUCUUUCAAGUGGAUUAUGGAGGAUUUCCCUAUGACAGCUCCAAAGUCGCCGAAUUCGAGUUCUACUUGUUAGAGGAACUCAAUUUUUACUUGAUCAUUUGGCACCCAUAUCGACCGUUAUUACAAAUCUGCGAAGAAUUAGGGAUGCGGGAAUCCGGAGUGCAAUACGCGUGGUUUAUCGUCAAUGACUCGUAUAGAACGGAUGUAUGUCUGCUUUAUCCGCCUCAUAUGAUUGCAUUGGCGGCCAUUUACAUGACCGUGGUGCUCAAUCAUGCCGAUUUUGCACCGGGAUCUCUAGGCGACCGGACAGAUAUGCGUCAAUGGUUUGCUGAUCUGAACGUGGAUAUGGAAAGCAUUGUCGAGAUUGCUCAGGAUAUUCUGUCAAUCUACGAGGUUUGGAAAGACUGGAAAGAGGAUCGGAUGUUGCAUUUAUGGAGGGAGCUUCGUGCACGCCCUUCAUAAAAACAGGGACGCUGGGAAAAGAACAUCUUUUGUUAUUGUACCCCGUCUCGUUUUUCUGUUUCUUUUUUCUCUCUCUUUCUGCUGGCCAGAAGCUUCUUUUUCCUGUAUAAAGGGUCCCAUACAACCUACCACUAAUGAAUGCGAAAAAGACAGACACGCAUAAUAUACACUCAUCAUCUCAUUGGCCCACCCUUUUGUAUUUAUUCCCCCGUUUUACCCUUCCCUCCCCGUCAUAUGUGGGUAUAAACUAUGUAGACGAGUUAUCUUCUGUUGGUAAAAUGGCUUAGAAGGAAAUGAAACCGUCAAAUAAAAAUCUUC